AUGGGAAUCCUGCGACGUUCGUGUUCGCUAUUAAUGCAGUAUGUUGCUCGUCCAUCCUGCUCAAGGUUUCCUGCAUCAGUUACACGUCCAGUAAGCGCUGUUCGAGUACGACAACUCCACGGCUCCAGCUCUUUACGUUCUGUCGAGAAAACGCGUAGAGAACAAGAAUUCGAACGCGGUCUCAUAAAUUCAAGAAAACAACAAAGAAAACGUCGUCCACUUACAUCUCAGAUGCGAGAGCAAGAGGUAGUUGCCUUAGCUCUCUCAGAAUCGCUCGAUCUACAGGGCAUUUCAACGGAUACGUCUAUAACCAACAUGUACGAGACUUCCUACAUUGACGAUGAUUCGGAAGAUACCAUACAUCUAGUGAAAAAGUUGGAAUAUACGAUCAAUCCAACUCAAAUCAACGAGAUUUUCGUAUUUCAAGAUGGAGUGGCGGUUUUCUGGAAUGUUAGUCAUGCCGAGAGAGCUCAUGCUAUACGUGAUUUGGAGCGUUACAUGGAGGGUCCUUAUGAGUCGUCAGUAACGAUGGAAGAACAGGAUACAAUGCCGUUUUCUGUGGUUGAAGGUGAUCAGACCGUCAUCAAGCACGAUCGUUUUCUGUUGAGCGCUGAAAAGCAUGGCACUGAUCACCGCAAAUUUGAGAACGUGCUAGAGCGGUUCUCAUUGAGUCAAGCCUUUGCUGCAUCAGUCAAAGUAGGAGUUUGGGAGACGUUGCUCAAUGAUCUCGCAGAGCCGUUAUCGAAUACCACGAAGGCUCUGAAAUUAGGUAUUAUUCCGUGGACUCGAAAAGAAGCUCUCAUGAAGUCGGGAGAGUUUGCUGCACUUCGACAUUCUAUCAAUUUGGACUGCACUUUGCUCAAUCGUGACUUUUACUGGGAUCGCUCACAAGCCUCGACACUGGAGUGGAUGAUUAUCGUCCUUAUCGUGAUCGAAGUGAUCUUUGAUCUUCUCCACUUCGCCGAUUCUUCUCCCACAAAGUAUAGAAGUUCAAAACCAGCCCAACAGAACAACAAGUCUGAUCACUCGUCGGUAAUUGAAACUCAGAGCUACCGCAAGUUCCAUUAG